GGUUAUUAUAUACUUAUAGCUUUGCCAGCCAAUGUAAGUAGAAAAAGUGCGUGUACAUAGCCUAAGCAUACUCCACACUAGCUACAACAAUAUAAGUGUACAACUGUAACGUGCUGGCAUUGUCUUUGAUAGUCUUCCUUUUUAGUUAUUUUUAUUUUUAUUUUUUAUUUUUAUUUUUUAAAGCGAUAGAUCGUAAGUGUCCGAAAAAGCUUACGUAUUAGAAUGGGGGGAAUAUAACUUUCUAACACUUUUUUUUCUAUAUUUUUUUUUUACUGACGUCUGUCAUCGAAUUGGUAUAAUACAGCUUCACUUUUCACAUCAAUUGGCAUACAAUCAUAUUAAAAAUCAAUCUAAGCAACACGUGCAUAUUGAAAGGUUGCAAGUAAAACAUGAUGGCUGGAUGAAACUAAGAUGCUGAAAGUUGCGCGGCGAAGGUUCUGCGCAUCGAUGACGCUCUCAGAAGACCGGAUGAGGGUUUCUCGAGUAUAGGAAGGGCGGAUGAGAGUAACAGAAUCAAAUAGCUUUAUCCUUUCGAGGCUGCAGCAUCAAGAACUAGAAACUUGGCAAAAAAAAAAAAAAAGAAAAGAAAAAAUGAAUGCAAUUAACAUGUGCAACCAAACGAACUGCUCCACUGAUGUGGUGACGGAUGACCUGAAUUGCCCGUGGCUGGCAGAAUAUCAGUUACGGCACUCAGCGAUUAUCGAGCGUUGGAAAUUGUGUGGAUUCUUUGAAGACGACGACUUUCUCGACAUCAACUGCCACUGGCUCCAAUUUGAACCAGCUCCUUUAGUCAACCAUCUGCUAUUGGUUUGCAUUUUCGUUUUCAUGUUAUUGACCGGAUGUUUGAGCAACAUCAUCGUCAUCUACAUAUUUGCCAGUUCGAGACAUCUGCGAACUCCGGCCAACAUCAUCAUCAUGAAUUUGGCAAUCAGUGAUUUCUUUAUGCUGAUCAAAAUGCCAAUCUUCCUUUACAACUCUCUGCUUCAAGGACCUGCCCUUGGGAUUAAAGGUUGUCAGAUAUACGGUUUUAUGAGUGGCUUGACGGGAACAACUUCAAUAAUGUCGUUAGCCACCGUUGCCGUCGAUCGUUAUCUGGUCAUCAGCCAGCCGUUAAACGUCAAUAGAAAAUCUACUCGUACAAGAGCCUAUUUAACAACAUGUUUCAUAUGGUUAUACUCGGCAAUAUUUGCUUCGUUACCUUUGUUUGGAAUUGGCAAGUAUGUUCCGGAAGGUUACCUGACGAGUUGCAGCUUUGACUAUCUCUCGAACAAUGUAAAAACUCGCAGCUUCAUAUUGGCUUUCUUUUUGGCGGCUUGGUUGUUUCCGUUUUGCAUUAUAACGACAUGUUAUACUGCCAUUGUUUGGUACGUCCGAAAAGCGAGAAUAGAGCUCAAUCACCAACAAGCUGCAAUAACAAAUUGUAAAAGAGGAUGGCGUCAGUGCAAUAUCGAGGUGGUAAUCGCCAAAAUUGUCGUGGUGCUUGUAGCGAUGUGGAUGAUUUCAUGGACACCCUAUGCAUUUGUGGCGUUGUUGGGAAUCUCUGGUAACCAGACACGACUCACUCCAGGGAUGACAAUGUUCCCGGCUUUAUUUGCAAAAUUUUCUGCUUGUGUAAAUCCUAUAAUCUACACAUUGACCCACCCAAAGAUAAAGAAAGAAAUAUUACGUCGUUGGUACUGUUUUAUGUCAUCCGGCACGUCUAAUGGCAACGAUGUAACUUUAAACGGAGGUGGUAUCUCUGUCGGACGACAAGAUCCAGUUUGGCGCCAAAAUUCAAAUUCAGACAAAGGUUCUGUAUCGCCUGUUGCACAUCAUCAUAAUUCGAAAAAUUUUUCGGCAAAUAAAAAUGACCAAACUGGAUCGGACAUCCAACCACAGGAAUUAGUUCCCCUUAAUGAUCAUUCAGAUCGCGGGGACAAUUCCUUACAAACAGCAUGCCAGAACUGCACUGAUAAAACAGGAAACAGCUACAUGGACGAAAGAUUAAGUUACAAUGAAACAUGUUUCUCUGUCAUUGCUCCUGAAUCCAUCGAUUUGUAUAAAACCAAAGUAAUUUCAGUGCACAAUGAUAAUCUACAGAAUCCUUGUCUGGGUCGAUAUUUGGAUUUGUUUAAGGAUCCACCGAUUAAUGUAUCUGGUAAUUCGAUCUCAUCAAGUGAUACAUUUGAACAAUCCAAAGAAGAAUGCAGCACAAAUAUUCAGAACAACGAUGCAUUAUUGUAUGACAAUAACUAGGAUUUCAUCUUGUACCUCGUUGUUCGUUCUCCUCUAUUGGCAUAUUUCCGAUCCUUGCAAUAUACAAUACAGUUUAA